AUGGCAUAUUCCUGUGGAACCCAAAAUACUGAUCAUGAAACACAGCCAGUCGACUUGUCCUUGUGUGAACGGGAGCCAGAAAGCCUCGAGAAUUCUGAACUGAGCAGUGACCUCUUCCCUGACACGGACAUGGCACAAGAGAACAUGGAACUUGAUUUAGAGCUGCUGCCGGGUUCCACCAUCACAGAUGGCAACAUCCUGAAAGGAUCCACCAGCGACCCAUUGAUCAAUGGACUUGGGUUCAGCAAGUGUCUCCCUUGUUCCUGGUGUCCAGAGAUCCCACCUUCAGCCUUGGGAUGGGAGGAGUGGGGCGGGCUGACCUCAGGGACAUUUUUACCACCUUUUCCCUUCCGUACUUCCAUCAGCCGCCUUCAUCAAAUCAAACAGGAAGAAAUCAUGGGCUUAACAAAUAGGGAAACAAUGCAUGAAAGGGAGGUACAAACUGCAAUACAGAUAAGUCAAUCCUGGGAGGAAAGUUUGAAACUGGUGAAAUGACACUUGGAUAUCAACCAAAGAGGCUUUUCCAGGGCACAACCAACAUGCUUUCUUUUAAUACUUCCCAACUGUCGGGAAAUAAUGUGUGUCUACUUUCAGAUACUCUUGAGGGAAACAACAGGAACACUUAAUCUUCACCAGCAAAAAUCUGUACUAUCACAAACUCUCCUUGUCAACUUCUGA